GGGCGCGGGGCCGCCGCCAGCCUCGUGCCGCCGCCGCCCAUCAACACGGCGCAGCCCGGUGUGGCCACCUCGCUGCUCUACAGCGGCGCCAAGUUCCGCGGGCAGCAGCGCAGCAAGGGCAACGCCUACGACGUGGAGGUCGUCAUGCAGCACGUGGACAUGGAGAACUCCUACCUCUGCGGAUACUUGAAGAUCAAAGGCCUUACAGAGGAGUACCCAACCCUCACCACCUUCUUUGAGGGCGAGAUCAUCAGCAAAAAGCACCCCUUCCUGACCCGGAAAUGGGAUGCGGACGAGGACGUGGACCGCAAGCACUGGGGGAAGUUCCAGGCCUUCUACCAGUAUGCGAAAACCUUCAACUCGGAUGACUUUGAUUAUGAGGACCUGAAGAAUGGGGACUACGUCUUCAUGAGGUGGAAGGAGCAGUUCCUUGUCCCUGAUCACACCAUCAAAGACAUCAGCGGUGCUUCCUUUGCUGGGUUCUAUUACAUCUGCUUCCAGAAGUCUGCAGCAUCUAUAGAGGGCUAUUACUACCACAGGAGUUCAGAAUGGUAUCAGUCCCUGAAUCUCACCCAUGUGCCCGAGCACAGCGCACCCAUCUAUGAGUUUCGAUGACAGCCACACGGGAUUGACACUGAGCAAAAAAAACCAACAAACCCCACAGACUGGGCAGGAGGGACUGUCUGCCAAGGGACCUGUGCCCUGCUGGAGCAGGGGGCACACCACUCUUCUGCGCACCAGACUUGUGAAAGAAAGCAUGAAUGUUAACCCACCCGAUCCAAGGAGCAUGGCUGCUGCAGCUUGAUUCUCCCUCCUGCCCUGCGGCAGUUUGAUCUUUAAUCUGGUUUUAAAGCUACCUUGAAAUGCAGUUUCUUAUUGCACAGCUAGUUUCUUUGUUGCUGAGACUCCUCCCGGCUUCCUUCAGGAAGGGCUUUCUAGUUGGAAUCCAUGGCGUGUUCUCGGAGUAAUAUGAAAGCGUGAGCUCAAAACUUACAGUUUCAUGUUACAGCCCAGGCUGUGUGGAAAUGGAAAGAGCUGCAGUUGCUUGCAUUUGCCACCCUGUCUGCCACCGCUGACUCAGUCGAAGCCCAGGUGUGUCUACACAUUAGCAAGGCUCUGCAUGGCAGAGAGAACCGCUGAGCUGCAGAGGCGGCUGCGGGUGGCGUUCGGCUGAGACAAGUCCAUAAGACCUAAUGACCUCUUCAGUUCACGCUGGCUAACGAGGUGGGCCAAAGCUGCAGAUCUCAGGAACACUGGCCACUUGCGCUGUUGGGAAGAGAAAAAACUGAAAGUCUCCCGGCCCGUGACAGCAGCUCGGAGCUCUGCUUCCUUGGUGUAUAUUUGCUCUUUACUUAACUUAAGGGUUGAAAAAAAGAAAAAAAAGCCUAAAAUUUAAAAAGAGACUUUUAAUAAAAAAAAAAAAUAUUUUUAUGGUUCCUUUUCCCAGGACCCUCUGGUACAUGCACAGUUCCUCCCAAUGACACUUUGCUGUUUUCACAUUGAAAACAGUGAAUGUCUCCAUCCAUUUGUUUUCUUUCCUUUUUUUUUAUAUAUAUGUAUGCAAUCAACCAGCAGCUUCAGAAACCUCACCCUAGCCCAGCAGCAUCGAAAGCAAUGACACUUGAUCUUUGCAGCAUUCGUACCUGUCCCUCCUGCCACAGUGACAUCCCUGCUUUGUACCAAGCGAAGGAGAAAACAAAAAGCGUCUCCUGUGACAGAAAUGCUCAAGUGAAAUCACUUCCGCUUGUGUGCCAAAGUGUGCGCGCGCGCGUGGGCUUAUUAUUAUUUUUUAAGACCUUUUCAAAGUUGGCACCUGUUGUACAUUUAACGCGACACUCGCACGUGUGGGGCUUUUGUGAGAAUUUGACCUUCAGCCUUUCUGGCUGUUUUUAAAAAACAAAUGAAAAUGGAAAAGGGGUGGUGGGGGAACAGAUCCAUACCACAAGACAGCCAGUUGGCUUUUUCAGAAGGUGUGCCGCUUGCCACAGGGAAAGCAAAGCCCUUCACUUACCGAGUGCUAAGGUUUUCAUUCUUGUUGUUUUUGGGGGUUUGGGGUUUUUUUAACUAACUUUUUCCUUUUCACAUUGUCUGUACUGUAUAUCACAGAGGCUGGAUUGCUAGUUUAAGCCUUAACAGGAAAGUAUUUGGGUGUCAACUGACUGACUUUAUGUAUUUCAAUUUGGGAGUUUGAGUUACUUUGCUUAGAUUAACCAGGCUGGUUGGAUCCAUGCCCCAGCACUCAGAGCAUCAGCCUGUCGCAAUUUAUUGCAGAUAUGUCCUGUUCUGCAAAAUAAACUGGGGGGGAAAGUUGCCUAACUCUACACGCAAGGCGGUGGGGUAGGGUGGGAACCUGCCUGCUAUGUUGGAAAAGGCACUGUUGUGUCAUAGUCAUGUGUGAGGAGUGGGAAAAUGACUAGAAGACAAAGGCUGGGGUGAUUCCAAUGAAGAUACCAGGGAGAAGAAAGGGUGGGGAAGGGAAGUGGCAGGUCGAAGGUGGAUGUGAUGACGGAGUGACUUGGUGAAGGCAGCAAGGAUUGCUGUUGCUGUCUGUCGGAGGGGGAGGAAUUUAGCCCCUUUCAAGGAAAAUGGCAUUUCCUAUCAGCGGAUAUGGAAAACAUGUUUAUUUUCUUGAAACUAACCCAGACUGGCCUGUCUGCUCUAACCCCUGCUGAGAAGGAACCAAGUUUGUCUUUUCAAAAGGUCCCUUUUGCAAAUGGAAAGAUGCUGUUCCCUGUUCAUUGUUUACAGGCCUCUGCAUGCAGUACUGUUGCUGGCACCUGUCCUGACCUCCCCUCCCCUUCCCUUUCCCUGCUAAAAUUGGUGUUUUGUCACCAUUUGCAAUUUCCAAUACUAUCAGUUGCAGCCGCCUGCAGAGAAUGGGUUACAGGAAAAUCCAGUCUCUAUCCAGGAAGCUCUUGUAACAGGUUUCCUGAGUCUCUGAGACUUGAUGCCUCCAGGGGCAGGAUGGUGGAGGUGACUGUGGCUUCCCUACUCUCUUCCCCUCCCUGCCCCACCUAUUUAUUUAACUACCAUAAAGCAUAUUUCAGCUGAAAGCCAAAAUCACCUCCAUGCAAAGCUGGGGGCCCAGAUACACAGCAGAUCCUGAAACCAAACUGCUAAUCCUAAUGGAGUGAAAAGGGGCUGGGUUUUCUUUCUUUUUAUUUUUCAUUCACUAAAGCCUGAGUUGGACUUUUUUUUCCCCCUCUUUUAAACUGUUUGAUAAGCUAAAAGGAAAUGCUAUGGAGUACGUUGUAUUGUGGUGAAAGAACUAACAAGAUGAGGCUUCGGGGA